AUGCCAAGAGACGUAGAUGACGAUGAUGAAAACAACUCUGAACAAGAGGAAGAAGAAGUAAAAGCCCCAACAUACAAUUAUGAUGAGGUUGAUGAAGAGACUGGAUUUAAAAAAGUUGAUAAAAUGAUUUGGGAUUUGUAUAUUAGUGCUAGGGAGGCCCAUCAAAAAGAAAAGGAUAAGGAAGAUGGUGAAAAAGAAGAUGAGCCAGCUGAGGAUGAUUUUGAUAAGGAAGGAUUUAUUGCAUCUACUGUUGAAUCAAAACAAUUAGAUGAGAACAGAAUUAAAAUGGUUUUGAGACUUGGAUUAUAUUCGGGUGGAGUAAAUGAAUUUAAUGAAAGAGAAGGAUUGGGUUGUUCAAUCUAUUCCAACUUUGAUGAAUACAAGGGAGGUUACGAACAAAACUUGAAACAUGGAAAGGAUUGUCUCUAUAUUUACUACUCUCAACACAACUCCCAAAAAUCGAUACCACCAGUUGAUUUGGAAAUUGUCAAAAUGAAGGAAGAUGAAAAAGUUAAAGAAAUACUUGCUAAGGAAUUAAAUGAUGACUUGAAGUUACAAGAAGCUUCAGAUUACAUUUCAACAUUGGAACCAUUCAAGAAACUUGGACCAAAUAGAGUUUUUUAUGUUCUUAAAUAUGGGCCUUAUCCAUUCUAUGAAGGAUCCUAUUGUAAGGACAAGAAACAAACUGUACUUGAACCAAAACAUGUGCCUGAAAAUACAGAACAUCCAUCAAUUGAACUCAAUGAUAAAUCAAUCAUGAGGUAUAAGGAUUGUUCUCUGUAUAUUGGCCAAUUCUUUGAUGGUAAAAAGCACGGAAAGGGUAUUAUGUACUAUGCAAAUGGUGACAUUUACAAUGGAGAAUGGAAGAAUAACCAAAAACAUGGAGUGGGUGACUAUUACUUUGCUUCAAAUAAUAGUACAUAUAAGGCAGCACAUUGGGAGAAUGGUCAAAUCAAGACUGGUACUUGGGUGAUGCCUGGUGGGACUACCUAUGAAUCUAAGAACUUUAACCAAACACCAGCAAACAGUUCUGGAUCUUUCCUCUUUGCAUCAAAGAAUGGAAAAGGAGAAAAAAAGCAAAUUAAGGUUGAAGGAAGUUUUGUGGAGGAUGAGUGGCAACCAAAGGCAAUUAGUGCUCAAAAUGCUUUUGAUCCUGAAAAGUCAUUUAUUUGUUAUUAAGUG